UGCUGCAGUGAGAUCUACAGAAGUCCGAGUUGCCACACCGUUCUUACAGCAAGCAGCGUCAGCAUCCACUGAAACUGGGAGUGGGUGGAUUUACUGGACGAGCCUGAAAUCACUGGGAGAGGUUGUUGCCUUUACCUGUCGCCAGGUAGUUCCCGGUUCACCCAAAAUUGGACAAACAUCCGGGCGCCAGCCAAUGAGCGAGGGAGAGGGAUGCACCUGAAGACGUCACCUGGAUUUGGGGAGUGAAACAGAUUUGGAGAAUUGUUGAAUGUUAAGUGGACAGAAGAGGGAAGUCAGAAAACAGCAGCCCAGCAAGCACACACUACCGCGCUUUGUAAACUCACUCGGAUAUUCCAAUGAGGAAUUUCACCCUCUCCACCCUGGGGAUUCUCUUCCUCCUGCUCCAGGUUUGUCGCGGCGGAACUUCGAUGCGAUGUAAAGGUUUCGACCAAAAGAGCUACAUUUUCGCGGUGCCUGUCCUGGAGCCAGGACUAAUCCUUGGCAGAGUUAACUUUAACUGCAGUGGACAGAAGAGUGUGAUUUAUGAAACGGAUGAUCCCCGCUUCCAAGUGGAUUCCAAUGGAAACGUUCUUGUUAAAAACCCAGUGUUCCCAGAUAACCAAACAAGUUUUCUUGUUACUGCACGUAAUGAGGCUGAAGAGAAAUGGGAUGCUGUCAUUAAAGUCCUAAUAAAUGAAGAGAAGUUGAAAGACUCUGCCGAUGAUAUGUCAAAGAACGUGCCGGUGAUACGAUUUCCACGUUCUUCUGGUUCUUCACUGAGACGGAGAAAGAGAGAAUGGGUGAUUCCUGCAAUCAAUCAUCCAGAAAAUCAAAGAGGACCAUUCCCCAUUGAAAUCACAAAGAUCGAGUCCAGUCUGAAAAAGGAAAUUAAAAUAUACUAUUAUAUCUCAGGACCUGGAACUAAUGAGCCACCCAAGGGAGUUUUUAGCAUAGAUAAGCACUCUGGUGCAGUUCGAGUGCAUCAACCUUUAGACCGAGAGCAAAUACCUUCAUAUAAACUGAUUGCUGUUGCAAAAGAUGAACUUGGUGAAAUUGUUGAACAACCGGUAGAAAUAUUUAUCAAUGUCAUCGACCAGAAUGAUAACAGACCAGAGUUUAUUGCUUCGACUUUCUAUGGCAAUAUUACAGAAGGAGCUGCAACAGGUACUGCAGUCAUGACUGUAGCAGCCACAGACAAAGAUGAAAAAGAUAACUAUAAUUCUAUAAUUGUGUACUCCAUUCUGAGUCAAAAUCCUGAACUGCCUUUCAACAGGAUGUUUACAAUUAGUUCAGCAACGGGAUUAAUAACUGUACAGCACGGGGGCCUUAACCGAGAGAGUGUGAAUAAAUAUACACUUGAAAUUCAAGCAGCAGAUUUGGAAGGAAACGGUUACACCACCACAACCAGAGCAAUAAUCUCUGUCACUGACGCUAAUGAUAAUGUCCCACAAUUUGUGACAAAAGAGGUUACUGUAGAAGUUCCUGAAAAUGAAGUGGAUUAUUUCGUAACAAGCCUCUCUGUCACUGACGAUGAUGAGCGAGGUACACCUGGCUGGAAAGCAGUUUACAGGAUAGUUUUUGGGAAUGAGAGAGGACAGUUCAGUGUGAAUACUGACACAGAAAAUAAUGGAGUCCUUAAGAUAGUUAAGCCCUUGGAUUAUGAGAAGAGCAAACAGCAUCGGGUGAUCGUAGAAGUAAAGAAUGAAAUAGAAUUCACCUCAACCAUGCCACUCUCUUCUGCUACAGUCAUCAUCAAUGUAAAAGAUGCUAAUGAAGCACCAAUAUUUAAUCCAGAAAUAAAGGAAGAUCAGCAACCUGAGAACCUGCCAGUAGGAAGUACAAUAACCGCAUACACUGCAAAGGACCCUGACACUGCUCAAGUGCAAACCAUUAGAUACCGAAUGGGGAGUGACCCAGCAAAAUGGUUUGAAAUUGAGCAAGAUACUGGCAUCAUUAAACUAAUUAAUAAUAUGGACAGGGAAUCAGAAUAUGUUAAGAAUAGUAUAUACACUACAACAAUCCUUGCUUACGAUGAUGGGACUCCAGCUGCUACAGGUACUGGGACACUCCUCCUGCAGCUUGAAGACAUCAAUGAUAAUGCACCCAUCGCCACUGCUCCUUUACACCUUUUGUGCAACAAUAAUGCUGUCCCUGUCAAUGUAACCAUUAUAGACAAAGACAUCCCACCCAACACCUCACCUUACAUUGUGACGCUAGUUCAUGGAGCUGAGCAAAACUGGACUAUCAAAAAUACAGAAAAUGCUGAUGUGAAGAUGUUACAACUGAUAAAAGAAAUUGACCCUGGCAUGUAUGAAGUUCCUUUGAAAGUAAAAGACAGUGGAGAGCCAGAACUGUCUCAAGUCACAGGGCUGCGGGUGGAGGUGUGUGACUGUCACGACAACGGAGCAUGUAAAGACAGGAUAGCUGCUGCCUCUUUUGGAAUAUCUGGCAUUUUGGCUAUUCUGGGGGCUAUCUUAGUAUUGUUGAUUUUGGUGCUGCUACUCCUACUCUUUGUAAAGAGGAGGCAAAAAGUCAAAAAGGAGCCCCUACUGCCUGAAGAGGAUGUCCGAGACAACGUUUACCAUUAUGAUGAAGAAGGCGGUGGCGAGGAAGACCAAGAUUAUGACCUCAGCCAACUGCACAGAGGCCUGGAUGCAAGGCCGGACGUUGUUCGUAACGAUGUGGCUCCAGUACUCCUGGCACCACAAUAUCGGCCGCGCCCUGCAAACCCAGAUGAGAUUGGCAACUUCAUUGAUGAGAACCUGAAGACAGCUGACAAUGAUCCAACUGCUCCUCCUUAUGACUCCCUCUUGGUGUUUGAUUAUGAAGGUGGUGGUUCAGAGGCAGAAUCUUUGAGCUCAGUGAACUCGUCCACAAACUCUGAUUUAGACCAGGAUUAUGACCACUUGAACACCUGGGGCCCACGCUUCAAGAAACUUGCUGAGAUGUAUGGGGGCGGGGAAGAAUGAGAAACUGGCAUUGGACAGCCAUUUUGGAGACUCGCUUUUUUUAAUCAUCCUGUAAUGCUUAAAAGCAAUGUGAAUGGGCCACAUAAUGGGAAAUGAAUACGUGGCACUAUUUGGUGACAGGUUAGGGUCAAACUGAAAUUACACUUGUAACUGAUCUUCAGUAUUUGAAAGCAAGUUACUAAAUUGCCACUAAAAUUUAGAUGAAUAACAAGUUUUUCUAAGCUGGUCAGCAUGGAUUUGCCUGGAGAGCUUUGUUUCCAAUAGUCCAUGACUCAUGCAGUUGAAUUUUCCCUAAAUCUAAAUGAGCCAAAGGUUAUUCAAUUUUAUGUCCUAGUAGAUUUUCUUCCUGGUCCAGAAUCUUACUACUGAAAUCAUAUAUUUUGCAGCAUGUUCUUUUCUUUGACAAAGAGACUUAAUGUGAAGUAUUUAGGAAUGCUAUAAUACAUUUUAAAAUAGCUUUGUUUUAGUUAAAUAUAUGUUGCUUUUGUUUCACAGAUACAAUAUUAAAUUGAUUUCCUUAAUUAAUUUCCACCACGUGUAAAAUUCGGAUACAUCACCUAUGUACUGCUUGAAAAGGCAUUGUUAAAUCAAACUAUCAUAGCUACUGGCCAAAAUUGUUAUAAGUUGAUAGCACAUGUGUUCUCAGGAAAUGUUCAUUUGAGUUUUUAGGAAAAGCCGAACUUUAUUUUUAAAAAGUAACUAUUUCCCCCUUUUUAUGUACUAACACCUUGGGUAGUCAAAAAUAAAAUUCAAAAGAAUAAAAUCCUUCUUUUA